AUGACCAAACAAAAGCAUGUGGUCUUCGACGUCGUCGGCACCUGCGUGUCAUUCGAUGCCUUCUACAACGGCAUCGACCGCGUCAUUGGCGAGAAGCUAGCUGCCAAGAACAUCACAGCCAAUGCAUUCGGCUAUACUUGGAUGACAGCAGCCGAGCUGGAGUUCACCUUUCUCUCCGUUUCUGAGCGCCAUCGUCCCUACAAAGAUGUGUUGCGCGCCUUGUUCUACCGCACGCUGUUCAUGGUUGGCGUUGCGGCACCACGGGAACUCGCCACAGAUGCUGAGAGGGACGCCUGUGUCCAGGCAUACUCGGACCUCCAGUUGCGACCCGGAGCGAAAGAGUGCUUUGCAACAUUAAGAGACGCCGGCUUCACAGUAUGGUGUUUAACAACAGGCGAUACUAAGCGUGUGGGCGGAUACUUUGAGCGCGCUGGCGUUGACAUGCCGCUAGACAACCUCAUCAGCUGCGAUGGACAGGGCGUGGCCAAACCAGCGUUGGCUGCGUACAAGCCAACCCUGGCUCGAUUCGCACCAGAUGAUAUCAAGUGGUUUGCUGCUGCUCACAUGUGGGACGUGUCUGCUGCAGUCAAGGUUGGGUUUCGAGGUGCUUAUUGCACUGUAUAUGAACAGGAUCCCUGCGCCGAGAUAUUCGAUGCGCAGAUGGAGGUUACGGCUGACACGCUACCAGAGAUGGCAAAGGGGAUUGUAGAAGCAUCGCUUUAG